GGUAGAUCUGCAUGUCAAUUCACAUUUUUUUAUUAAAGUGUGGUUAUGUUUAUUUUAUAUUUUAUAAAUAAAAAAUAAAAAUUUUGCUAUUCUAUGAUAAUAAAAACAAAAUGUCUUUACCUUGGAUCACAAUUAAUUCAACACUCCAGGGAGGUGUCUCUUUAAUUAACUCCUUGAACAGGAACAAAUUUAAUCUGUUAUUAAAACACAUUGUCCAGUCUGAAAAAGACGAAAUUUUUACACAAGCAGAACUAACAAAACUUUCCGAAUCUUUAAAAUUAGAUGACGCAAAAAUUCAACUUUUAAUUCAAAGUAUAGCUCACAUUUUCAAACAAGCCUCUAAAGUGAUUCUAAAACCGACUAUUUUGCAAGACCAAUUGGUAGAAAAAUUGAAAUUUGAUUCUGAUAAGGCUGAAGAUUUCGUAAAGUUGUGGACACAAGAAACCAAGAAGAAUUUUGAUGUGGAGAAUUCAAAGAACUUGGAUAACUUAUCGUGGGAGUUGAAUGUUGAAGCUGCUUCAAGUUUUUCAAACAAGGAGCGUUUUGUCCAUUCGCGCUUGCAAAUGGCACUUGUUAGUGUGAAUGGAGAUGAAAAAGAAGAUGUGAUUUUAGAAUUAGAUGAAAAUGAGCUAAAACAUUUGUACAACACUUUGGAGAAAAUUCAAAAUAAAUUAGAUUCUAUUUAAAA